CUCAAAGCAUAUGUUCGAGAUUUAUUUAUUUGAAUUGAAUUGAAUUGCAUUUUCUAAUCUCUAGAAAAAAUGUUCCGGGUUAUUCGUUCAGGUCCUGGAUCCAAUUAUAGAUGGAUACAUAGUUCCAGCAAUCUGAGCAAACGACAUUCACGUCCAGGUACAUCAAGUGAAGUCGGUUUGGAAGAACUGAUCAUCGAUAAGCCGCCAAAUGAAUAUGCAACCAUUCGACAAAAACUCGAUAGAAUCAACUAUUAUGAUAAUCCAAUUAGAACAAAAAAUAUUGGCUUUGAUGAGAGCACAAAACUCUAUCAAAGUUUUCUAAAUCAAGCCGGUAAUAUUGUUCUGCGACAACGAAGCGAUACGAAAGCGACCAACGAAAAGGAUGAAGAGUUUGAUGAAGAUGAUGAUGGCAAGGACAUCAAAUUAAGUCGUGAAGAUUAUGAUAGACUAUCAUCAUAUUAUCCAUUCACUCAACAAUACAUUGAAUCGACCAUUCAACUUGCUCAUCACUAUGCUAUAUAUCGUGAUUUAUUUUUCCAGGAACCAUUUGUGAAUGAAACCUGUGAGGAAUUGAUUGCAGCCAAUGCUAAAGAUCAAGUUAAAUUUCAUCGAUUCGAACAUAGAGAAUUGUAUGAAUUCAGUCCACUAGUACCGAUCACGGCCACAUUCUCAUCAUCCACUGACCAAAGCAAUGAAGGAGGAGAGGUAAGCUAUCUGAAAUCAUUUCGUGGUAAUCUUAUACCAGCAGAAUAUGGUCGACUACCACCUCGAAUUCAAAUCAAUACGUCGGGAAUAAAUGAUGGUGAUUUUGAUGCCAACGAAUUGUUGUCAUCCGAUCUGGUGACAAUAAAUAGCGGUGAAAAAAUGGACCCAAAUCUUUAUACAUUAGCUCUAGUCAAUCUGGAUUCACAUUUUGCCGAUGCCGGUGUUUGUCAUUGGAUGAUAACGAAUAUUUCUCGUGAUGGCAAUAAAACCACUUAUGAUACGGUUAUUGAUUAUCUGCCUGUUUAUGCUAUUCGUGGUCUUGGUUAUCAUCGUUAUGCACUCGUUUUGUUUCAAUCGGAUCGUAGAAUUGAAAAAUUGGGACGAAUAACAGAUUUUGACCUUGGUCGAAGAAAAUUCAAUGGCUUAGCAUUCAUGUCCGAAUGUUCGACCAGCAAUCCGAAUGUCCAUAUCAAACCCAUUGGGUUAUCCUGGUUUCAGACAACCUGGAGUGAUUGUUGUAAAUCCAUUUUUCAUAAUGUUCUAAAUAUGCGAUGUCCAACUUAUGAAUACAUUUUCCCGAAACAAUCCACUCAAUUCAAUCAGCUUCAAUAUCCAGCAAGAGCUCCUUUUAACCUAUAUUUGGAUGCUUUCCGUCAUCAAAAAGACCUGUCGAAAGAAGUCCUAUUGGAACGAUUAAAAUCGAUCAAUCCAAUGGAAUCAUAUGAUACGGAUAAAAUGUUUCCAACAUGGGAAGGUCGGCCAAAAUUUCCGCACAUACAUCCACAUCCACCAAAUACACCGGAUUGGUUGAAAUCAACACUCAUCCGUAAACGAUCGCAGGUUGGCCGCUUUCGUGGCCUAAGAGCAUCAUCGGCCAUUUUGCCAUACAAUAAUAAUGCCGAUCUUGAUAGACCAAAAUGGCCACGAUUAUCGGCCGAUGUUCAUCCAUUAAAUGUACCGAAUCCAUAUCCGGAUACGAAACGACGACCUAAACCACUUCGUGAUACCCUUUGGUCAAAACCAUUGCCUGAACAUCAUUCAAUGCGUGUGGAUUUCCCAGAAAAUCUCCAAGAAACGGAUAAAAGUAAUCUAGAGAAAACAACAUCAUAAAUAAUUUCAUUCUAAUUAGACAUUAAUUCACUGCUUAAUUGUUUUUUUGGAAAACAAAAACAUGGUUUUUCGUUUUUGUUUGAAUUUUAAUUUUAAAAAACAAUAAAAAUCGUGCACAUCAUCAUCAUGAUUAUCAUCAAGUUCAACAGCACGUGUUCUUAACUGCGAUA